CUUUCUAAAUCUGUGCUAAACUAUAGUGGCAUCUAGUUUCUCAAAUUCAUUUUUCCAGAAUCUCUGAAACUUUUUGCACCGGAUGAACCCUUGUGAGCCCUGUCUGCUCUCCAAGCCUCCAGGCUGAGAAAAUCAGUCUUGUAAGCUGGUCAAAAGUGUCUCUACUGAUCACCAAUGUAAACAAGGGCAUCAAAUCAUUAAAGUAAUCCAUGUAGCGGAGACAUAAUGUCAACAUCUGACCAAACACACUGAUGUGAGAAGCUAGCCGGCUUCACACUGUCUUUAAACGAUACAUUAGACGUGUAGAUGAGUCUUAAGGGGUUAGGACGCUCCAAAUGAUCCCAAGAUAGCAAGGCCCACAAACUCUGAUCACAUCACCUCGCAUCUGUCUGUAACAAUAACUGGGGAGUGCAAGGGCUGGGUGAUUCUCUAUAUGGCAAGUAUUCUUGUAUUGUUCCUCCUCCUUUGUCUAAACAUAGAACAGGUGGGCCGUCAAGCCAAUUGUGCCAAUAUAUAGCUGGAAACCAACGAAGUCUGAGUGUCCCUCAGGCUUUUGAGACCAAGAACAGAGUAAAGAGAAGCUCUUCACAAUGUCACCAAAGAAGGCCAAGAAGAAGGAAGCUGCCAGCUCCAAUGUGUUUAGCAUGUUUGAGCAGUCACAGAUCCAGGAGUUCAAAGAGGCUUUCACCAUCAUGGACCAGAACAGAGAUGGUUUUAUUGACAAAAACGACCUGAGGGACACAUUUGCUGCUUUGGGACGUCUCAACGUUGGCAACGAUGAGCUUGAUGAGAUGCUAAAGGAAGCCUCCGGCCCUAUUAAUUUCACCGUCUUCCUCACCAUGUUUGGAGAGAAGCUCAAAGGUACAGACCCUGAGGAGACUAUUCUCAAUGCCUUUAAGAUCUUCGACCCAGAGGGCACAGGAAUCCUUAAAGGAGAAGAAAUCAAAUAUCACCUUAUGUCCCAAGCAGACAAAUUUACUGAGGCUGAGGUCAACCAGAUGUUCACAAACUUCCCCUUGGAUGUGGCUGGCAACCUGGACUACAAAAACCUGUGCUACGUCAUCACCCACGGAGAGGAGAAGGAACAGGAGUAAAAACUACAUUUCCCAUGUUUCUCCAUGUUUGUUCAUGUCCAUUUGUGUGUUGUCUUCUCCUUAAGCUCUGUACCCACCUUUUGUCAAUAAAGAGAUAAAAAAAUCAA